AUGGAUGCCUGUUUCAAAUGCCCUGAAGAUCAAUAUCCAAAUAGGAACCAUGAUCAAUGUAUGCCCAAGAAAGUAAGCGUUCUGUCAUAUCAAGAUCCCUUAGGGAUCACUUUGGCUUCAGUUGCUGUCUCUUCAUCUUUGAUGACUGCUUUGGUAUUAGGACUUUUCAUUAAGAACAGUGAUACCCCCAUAGUCAAAGCAAACAACCGGGAUAUCACAUUCACACUCCUGGUCUCCCUCCUACUCUGCUUCCUUUCGUCUUUACUAUUUCUUGGGCAGCCUAGGAAGGUUACUUGCUUUCUUCGACAACCUGCUUUCGGCAUCAUCUUCUCGGUGGCUGUUUCUUGUGUCUUGGCCAAAACCGUCACUGUGGUUGUAGCUUUCAUGGCCACAAAACCAGGAUCCAGCAUGAGGAAGUGGGUGGGGAAAAGGCUGACAAUCUCCAUUGUCCUUUCCUGUUCUCUUCUUCAAGGCACCAUUUGUACAGUGUGGAUAGUCAAAUCUCCCCCAUUCCCAGAUACGGAUAAAGAAUCAGUGAUGGGAGAGAUUAUACUAGAAUGCAAUGAAGGCUCUGUUCUGAUGUUUUAUAUUGCCCUGGGCUACAUGGGAUUUCUCUCCCUCAUCAGUUUGAUUGUGGCGUUCCUAGCCAGGAAACUGCCAGAUAGCUUCAACGAAGCCAAGUUCAUCACCUUUAGCAUGCUCAUCUUUUGUAGUGUUUGGUUGUCUUUUGUUCCAACCUACUUGAGCACCAGAGGAAAAUUUAUGGUUGCAGUGGAGAUCUUCUCUAUAUUGGCCUCCAGUGCUGGGUUACUGACUUGUCUCUUUUCACCCAAAUGCUUCAUUAUUCUUCUGCUGCCUGAGCUGAGCAGCAGAGAGCAACUAAUACGGAAUAAAACAUCAAGAAUCUGA